GGCGGCGCGCGUUGGUCCCUCUCCGCUCCGCGGCCGGGCCCGGCGGGGCGAGGCGAGGCGAGGCGAGGCCGGUCGGCGCGGGCGGAGCAGCGAGGCGGAGCGGAGCGGAGCGGAGCGGGGCGAGCGGCGAUGUCCGUGCGCGGGGGGCGCACGGCCCGCAGUGCGCAGCGCGAGCAGGCCCGGCGCGGCCCCAGCCCGCCUCUGCGCCGGCAGGCCGGGCGCCGGGCCGGGCCCUGAGCCGCCGGGCCGGGCGCGGCCAGCAGCCCCGCAGCAGGUGCCGAGGAGCCCGCGGAGCCCCGGAGCCGCCGCCGCGGGGAGGGAGGCGGCGGCGGCCGAGGAUGGGGAUCCUCUUCACCAGGAUCUGGAGGCUGUUCAACCACCAGGAGCACAAAGUAAUCAUUGUUGGUCUGGAUAAUGCGGGAAAAACAACCAUUCUUUAUCAAUUUUCUAUGAAUGAAGUGGUACAUACCUCACCUACAAUAGGCAGUAACGUAGAAGAGAUAGUGGUUAAUAACACGCGUUUCCUAAUGUGGGAUAUUGGAGGGCAGGAGUCUCUUCGAUCUUCGUGGAACACCUACUAUACAAACACUGAGUUUGUGAUAGUUGUUGUGGACAGCACAGACAGAGAGAGAAUUUCUGUAACAAAAGAAGAACUGUAUAAAAUGUUAGCACAUGAGGACUUGAAGAAAGCAGGUUUGCUCAUCUUUGCUAACAAGCAAGAUGUUAAAGAGUGUAUGACAGUAGCUGAAAUCUCUCAGUUUCUGAAACUAACUUCAAUUAAAGAUCACCAGUGGCACAUUCAGGCAUGCUGUGCUCUAACUGGAGAGGGACUGUGCCAAGGACUCGAAUGGAUGAUGUCAAGACUUAAGAUCAGAUGAUUUUUAAUGACCGGUUUGCACAGACGUUGCUUUAAAAAAAAGAAAAAAAGAAAAAAAAAAAAGAGCUGUACCCAUGAUUACCUUGACGAUGGCAGAAUUAAUGGGUUAGAUGUAUUUAUAAUGAACCGAUUUCAACUUCAUUUUCUACAUACAUACAAACACAUAUAUAAAUUAAGACCAUUCGGCAAAAAGAAAGAUGCCGUUGAUGGCUCCGGUUUGGUUUCCUGUUUGUUUUUGCUCUGGGGAUGCGUGUAAAAGCUGUGAUCAACCUUCUCUUCAAGAUACAGCCACUCAGAACAGUCUGAAGCUGAGCAUGGUGAAGAUGAAAUGGGAGGAAGGAGCUUUUAAUUUUGAGUUUUAUUAUUCCAUUGUAGUCCUCUCUAGUUGAAGGUAUUGGCUUCAUUAUUCCAGUAAAUUAGCAAGCAAAUCAAUGGUAUAGAUAUCAACUUUCCAGUAUUUUUAAAGUUACUGAUGUUACAAAUGCAAAAAUAUUUUCCUGUAUGUGUACUGUACAUAUUUGUGUAUAUUUAUACCUCAAUUUUAGGUUAAUUGCAAUCUGUUCAGACCAGUGUGUAAAACUGAAUCAGUAUGUUGGCAAUAGUACUAAUAUUUGACAUUUCCAACAUGUCACAACUUCUUUUCCUUUGUUAUCUGUAUAGCUGUAAUGUCCAUCAGACAGUUGACUCACCACAACUUUAUAAAGCAAACUCUCUCUUAAGACAAUUGCUUGUUUCUCCCAUGAUUUUUUUUCAUCAGAGAAGAUGCCAUAAAGGAUUGGGACAUACAGAUCAAAUUUUAAACUAUAGUAUUAGCAAACAACAGUGAAAAUUUGCCAGAGUUUAAAACAAAACAAAUAUUUAAUUGUAGUUGUCAUUGGAUUAGAUGAUUUCAAAAAGUGUAUGUCAUUCUGUCCUAUGCUACUGCUUUUUUUUUUUUUUUUGCAGUACCUGUUCAUUUAUGAUUGAAGCCUAGUAGAAAUACCUUUAGCUUUCAUAAAGGGAAAAACGUCUUUUUCUUUUUUUUUCCCUUAACCAAAGAAGAGGCAUAAAAAUAUGUUUAAAAGUCCCACUGAAAUCUUACAACACUAGUCUUACUCUUUAUUAAGUGUUUUUCAGAGGAAGAGGCACACUUCUCUCUGAUAUUCCAAAAUGUGUAUGUGUAUAUAUAUAUAUAUGUCUGUGUGCAGUGGAUUGGACUGGGAUGGGGGAAGGGGAGCACGCUAGAUCACACUACUUGCAGAGCUGAGGUUCUGCAGAAGCUCCUGGCAGUACUGCUUGAAAGUAACUCCUUUGCAUGAUCCCCAGGUGAGUUAUUAAAAAAAAAAAAAAGUGUCAAAACACUCAAAACACUAUGUGGUUAUCUUUUCUCACUGUAUUAAUUAAUGGGAUGGAUGGCCAUACAGAGGAAGUUCAAAAUUAUCCUUUUAAAGGAUACAGGCUUUUCAUUAGGAUGAAAGUUGGAUGGUUUGAAAUGUUGUCAGUAUUGUGAAAGUGUAUACAGCCUUAAUUGUAGGCUUUUAAGUUUGAGAUGUGUUUGAGGAGUAUUGUAAAAUGAAAUAAAACCUUGCUUAAAAUGUCCUUCCCUUUCUUAGCUCAUGAAUUUGAUAAGGAUGGAAAAGACAUUUUAAAGAAAAAGCUUAGUUUGAACUUUUUAAAGUGCUUACAGACAGCUCAUCUUCGGUUACGUGGUAAUGUGGUCAGUACACCUGCCUUCCUGCUUGCCUGCUUUGCUGGGGAUCAUGUUGUGAAUUUGUGGAGGGGAGAAAGGGAGACAAUUUCAAAAGUCUGUAUUAAAUAAAGGCAGGUAAAUAAUUCAACUUUUUAAUAUAUUUUUGGUAUCUUUAUUAUGCUAACUGGUUAGGGAAUCUGCACUCUUUGUUAAAACAUUUUAAUGUGUACAUGCAUAUGUUUAUAGUGCAUGCACAUAGGUAUUGGUGUUUAACUGGUGUAUUGCAAGAUGUAUAAAUGUUUGAAGAAGUAAUUAAUGCAAAGACUUUUUCACUUUAUCUGAUAGUAUCUUCAAGAAACAAGCUCUGUGCACACUUGCAUAUAAAACCGAAUUGUACAUUUUAUAGUCUUAGAUCAGACUUGCUUAUGAACAUAAUUGGUUGGGUUUUGAGUCUUACGUCUUCCAUCCCUUUAAAAUACUUCACUGUAGUAUUUUUAAAUUCUGUAUUUUGCCUGAGUGUGUGCAGGUUUUGUGUGUGUUUGUGUGUGUGUGUUAAGAAAAUGAGUUGUUAGUGGAACAGAAAUCAUGGAGCAGUGUUCUGAUACCUACUUUUUGCUGGAAUUUGCUGCUCACUCUCUUGCUUAAAUUUUUAGGACUUGGUAUGUUCGUAUAAUGAAAAUGUACUGUUUUUUUGCAGGUAUGGCUUAUGUUGCAAUAAGAUAUCUACUGUUUACUCUCACUCUCCUUUUCCCUCUCAGUAUUCUGGCUAUUUCCACUUUCUCUGGCCUCUACAAUACUGCACAGUCCACUUAAUUUUUAUUCCACAAGUGGCAAGAGACCCUAGUAGGGAGAUGAGAAUAACAGUGUACAUGGAAGACAGCCUGUUAAAGCAAUGUCUUUUGUGCCCUGAAGUGCUUAUAAUCCAAAAAGUAGACAGAUACCUGUGUGUUGAACAGUAAACAACAGAGCCUUGACCAACUGAAAGCGUGGACGUGCGUCGUAUCACAUAUAAUGAUGAGGCUUCUUUUCUAUUUUGUUAUCACUUGGGAUUUUAGAGGGAAGAUUUGCUGUUCAGUAGCCAGAAUUCAGCGGUGGCCAAUUCUGACUGAAGCAUCAUGUGCCUGUAGCGUUCUUGACUGGGCUGUAGCAAUCAAAGGAAGACAUGUCUUAGUUUUAAGUGCUAUAUUUGCGGUUUCUGAGAAUGACGGUGGCAACUGAGUGAGUGGCUCCUUGUCCCCCUUUGGUAAACAGAGGUGACAAUCCAAAUUCUCACCUUGCACGAUUUUUGGACUUUGCUUAAAGUUAAGCGCAGAGAUUCUCUCAAAGCAGAGUCAGAACAGAGUAUUUGCAUCCGUACGUUGCCGUGAAAGUUUCUGCAGAAAACGCCGCCUGAAGGUAUUUCAUGAAAACAAGUGUAUUUACUCCAAAUACUAAUGAGAUGAUCAUUAGCAGAAUUGAUAAGUAUAUACCCUUGUGAUAGUAUUGUAGCUGAGACAGUCUUUUCCUACACACCUUGCCUUUUGUGUAAGGUGUGUUUGUUUUUGUUUUCUUUUGUAAACUUAGUCACUUGGGAGAGUUGGGGAAGAGUAGAGAAACUUUUGAACACAAAAGUUCUUUUUAUGUUGUUGUUUUUUAGAACUUUCUUUUCCCCUUAGGACAUGUCAGCCUUUUUUGCUUACCUCUGUGUAUAGUAAAGGAAAUUUGUCUUUAUAUCAGUGCUAUUUUCAACUCAUUCACUUACUGUUUAGAUGUCAUUGUCUUAAUAAUGACUCAUGAAUUCAUUUAUUUGUACUGCUUUUGUGUUUUCACCCUUUGUGUGUGGUGUUGUCUUGACUUUCAGCUAAAACUUAAGAUUACUUGCUGCCUUUGUUCUUCGUAUAAUUCAUUCUUAGGAUAUUAUACAGAAAAAGGGAUGGCUUUUAAAAAUAGUUAUUUAACUUGAUGCUGCAGAAUGCCAUUUUCCUGGCAAAAAAUACAGCAGUAAAUCAUGUAUUUCAAUAACUUGAUAUUUUAAGAUGUUUCUUUUGGGUUAGCAAAUAAGUUUGGUAAAUCAGCUGUAAUAUAUGCUGCCUCUGACCUGGGAAUUACACAGGUUUUUAAAUUGCGAGAAGAGGUAGGAUACAGAACUUUGCAAAUGUGAACAGGGAUCUAGUGAGCAUCGUUAUUUUGUUUUUUUUUUCAGGGAGGCUUAAUAGCUGUUUUCCUAUGCAUUACAUAGUACGUUCCCAGGUGAUGUGUGCAUGUGUGAAUGCUAAAUGUAUCCGAUAGGCACCUACUACAGUCUAUGCAGCCCAAGUGCCUAAAACUAAUUCAGUAAUCAGUUUUUCCCUUUGUAUAUUACAAUUUCCAUUUUCUUUAAAAAUAGAUAUAUUUGUAUAAAAGCAUCUAGCUGUGUUUAAAUGAGUGUUCUUUCCCCUCACUACAUACCAGAUUUAACAUGAUUUAUGAUAAAUUUAUUUUUUACAAUUCUUGAAGCUUUUUACUGUCUACAUUCCAAGCACUUUACCAUUUAUCAAACAUGAUAUAGAGAGCUUCCUUUGUGGAAGGAAACACUAAAUUUAUCCUUGGAACAGAUGGGUUAACUAGAACUCUUUCAAGAAACUAUAUUUAAAUAACUUAAUCCAAGAAUACUUGGCCUUGUAAGCAUCCUCGUGUAAGUAGUUCCUUUCUAAUUGGCUAAUAAAACAUAAGCUUUGCUACUCAGACAAGUUACGUCUGAAAAAUAUUUUUUUCUGUUAAUUCAAAUGAAUGUAAUACUAAGCCUUUAAAUGGUGCAUCGUUGAGCAUUAUAGGAUGAGAAUGAUAUGAUGUUAGGAAGAAUGGCACUAAGAAAGAAAAAAUGUCUUUGCAUAUAGUUGUGAUAUGUGUUAUAAAUACAUAUGUGACUUGAAUAUAAUUGUUGCAGUGACUAUAUUAAACAUAAAUAAAUUCUAAGUGGUUGCCAUUGUAACUUUUUUACAAUGUUCUUUAGACUCAUAAGCAGAAAUAGCAUUCUUGCCUUACUAGGGUUUACCGGCUAAUUUUUAUAAAUGCUAUUGUACAGAAACUUUUUUUGAAAACUUUCUUCACAUCAGAUUCUAGCUUUUAUUCAAAACAGGAACAUAUACACAUACCACCCUGGGCCCUUCAGGCCAGUUUUCUCGCGAGUAGGCACACAAGUGGGCUGGGGUUUUUUAAGCUUUUCCUAUCUGUAAAUUUGGAGGACUAAGUUAAUUCAGUAUCAGCUAAGAAAUUACCUAGAAGGUUAUAAAUCAUUCUUUGUAAAAUAUCAGCUCAGUGUUACUUUCAUCUAAAUACUUCUUGUAUCAAACACUGUGAAGUGGAGAGUAGAAGAGGGCAAGGAAAGGCUUUUUCUCCUACAAAUGGAUUCGAAGAAUAAAAAACAGAGAACCUGAAAUUGAAAGCAGGAGCCCUUUUAUGGCUGCUGAGUUCAAGAUUGGUAGUAUAUGACAGAGGAAUAGUAACUGAGCCUGUUUAAACUGUCUGUUUGGAUGAUGCUUAUGUUUGAGUGUUUUCAGCAUGUCCUCAGCUUUUCUUACUACAUUCUUUUCAAAACUAUUAAUCCUUCAAUGGCAGUUCUGUACCUGAUGUGCGCUUACUGCUUUAGUUCCAAGUCUGCAGUUCUGGUUCUCCGAGCGGAGAAGCCGGCAGGGGCCGGAGGGGAGCUCUGUCCUUGGACCUUAGUGAAUACUGGAUUACAGUGCGAACCUCCCCCGCGAAACCUGGAAUUGCUUGCGUAUGAAGUGAAGUUCUCAAGAUGGGUAUACUCAUGAUUUAGUUGCAUUAUCGUAUAUUAUCUGGCUGGUUUUUUACAAAUGCAAAGUCAUGUCCUUAUGUGUAUGUAUUAAACAUAUGACCAGGGUCAUAUUUAUUUUGAUCACUUGUAUUUUGUACUUCUCUUUCUAGAAAGUUUGUCUUCUUUUUGAAAGAAACAGAUAAAAUAUAUGGCUAACACUGAUACUGCAAUAAAAUUUCAUUCCAGAACUUCCAAAACUCUUGCUUAAAAUUAGUACAAAGACUUGUGAAGGUUGGCUUGUCCUGGCUUGAACACUUCUGUGUCUCAAAUUUAAGUAUGUUUAUUAAUGUAGCUAAAACUUUAUAAAGCUAUUUAUUAUAAUAAAGUUCAGUUACGAUUCUGUUAA